GUCCUUUAAGAAAAGAGAUCCGGCUUGCUUUGGGCAGCCGAACGAGUGAAUGAGAAACUUGACGGACCACUUCGGCGGCCAAGUCCAUCGAGGCUUUCGUUACCUUCAGACCUUCGCCGACGGCAUCGACUUUGCCUCCUGCGGCCGCCUCUUCCAGCAGUUCACCGAUCGGCGUCUCCCUGUUCAAGGGAAGCAACUGCACGCUCGGCUAAACCUCCUUUCAGUCAUUCCCGACAAUUUCCUUGGUUCCAAGCUCAUCAAUCUCUAUGCCAAAACAGGCAACCUGUGCCAUGCCCGGAGCGUGUUCGACCAAAUUCCCCAGAAGAACACUUUCGCUUACAAUGCGAUGCUCAUCUCUUAUUCUAUCAAUGACUGCCACAGCGACGCGCUUAAUCUCUUUGCGGAGUUGGCUCUUUCAAAUGAGCUCGAGGCUAGACCCAACAAUUACUCGGUCACGUCUCUUAUGAAGUCGCUGGGGAAGUUGCCCUAUGGUGAUGUGAAAGCUGGAAAACAGGUUCAUGGAUUUAUUCUCAGAAAUAGGUUGGAGGGUGACGUUUUCGUUGGGAAUGCUCUGAUCAGUUACUAUGCUAAAUGUGUUGCCAUCGUCCUUGCGAGGAAGGUGUUCGACGAAAUGACUCAAAGAGACGUAGUUUCGUGGAACUCGAUGAUUGCAGGAUACUCUCAGGCGGGAUUUUAUGAGCAGUGCAAAGGAUUGUACAGAGACAUGUUAGAAUCGUCUGGGUUUAUGCCGAAUGCUGUAACUAUCGUUAGCGUCCUGCAAGCGUGUGGCCAGUCAGCUGAUCUUGUUCUCGGAAUGGAAGUUCAUAGAUUUGCCAUUGAUAAUCGGAUUGAAUUGGACACGGAGGUUCGUAAUGCGUUCAUUGGAAUGUACGCCAAAUGCGGUAGCUUGGAAUACGCAAGGGCAUUGUUUGAAGACAUGAGUGAUAAAGAUAAUGUGACUUACGGCUCAAUUAUAUCUGGCUACAUGCUUCAUGGCUUAGUAAACGAGGCUGUGGAUAUCUUCAGAUCAACAAAAUCUCAUUGGAUAAGUGCUUGGAAUGCAGUGAUUUCAGGCUUGGCACAAAAUAAUCGGCAUGAGCAGGUUAUAGAAUUGUUCAGGGAAAUGUUGGCAUCUGGUUUAAGCCCUAAUCCGGUGACCCUUUCAAGCCUUCUACCUGCACUAUCCCACUAUUCGAAUCUCAAAGCAGGCAAAGAGGUCCAUGGUCAUGCCGUGAGAAAUCUUUACGACCAGAACGUAUAUGUAGCAACUGCAAUCAUUGAUAUCUAUGGCAAGUCAGGAUUUGUAACCGGGGCGCAGGUUGUUUUUGAGCAGUCAAAAGAACGGAGCUUGAUUUUGUGGACUUCAAUAAUAUCUGCCUAUUCAUCAAACGGAGAUGCUAGCUCAACUCUUGUGCUUUUUCAUAAGAUGCUAAACAAGGGCAUCCAGCCUGAUGGAGUUACAUUCACAGCAGUGUUGUCAGCUUGUGCUCACUGUGGAAUGGUGGACAAAUCUUGGGAGAUCUUCGAUGCCAUGUCGACAAAUUAUGGCAUCCAACCGUUCGUCGAGCAUUAUUCCUGCGUAGCAACUGCUCUAUGCAGAGCCGGGAGGCUCUCAGAGGCAAAAGAAUUUGUUUCCAACAUGCCAAUUAAACCAAGUGCCAAAAUUUGGGGGGUAUUGCUUCAUGGAGCUUCAGAAGCUGGUGAUGUUGAACUCGCAAAGUUCGUAUGUGAUCGUUUGUUUGUCAUUGAACCAGAGAAUACAGGAAAUUAUAUGAUCAUGGCAAAUUUAUACGCACAAGCGGGGAGAUGGAAAGAGGCCGAUGAGGUGAGAGAUAGGAUGAACGAUGUUGGGUUGAAGAAGAUCUCUGGUCGUAGCUGGAUAGAUGAUAGCCGUGUUACAAUGUAAAUCUUCGAAGACGUGGAGCUUUCAGCUGAACUAAUCCCACUAUACUAGUCUUGAAAUGGAUGCUAGACAAAGAGAGGCAAGCGCACCGAUAAUCGAGAAAGAGUACUUGAUUACAGAAUGUGUAGCUGCGAGAUCAUGAUGCAGGGUUGAGUUGAGUUAAAGCAAAGUCUUGCAAUAUGAAAAGCUGUGAAUGACGGUGUGAAAGGGUGACAAGAGGGCGUGAUAGAUGGUUGGUUUUUGUGUUAUUGAUGGGUUUGGCGAAGAAAGUUCCAAGGAGUUGGUUGUUUAUGAGGAAGAAUAAUGCAUGUGCAGGGGAGACAAGAGGGAUGAGAGCCAUGGAUUGGAUGGGCCAAAGGGUUUGUUUUUCUCUUCUUCUCCUUCUUCUGCUUGUUUUGUUGCUGGUGAAGAGACAUCACUUGACUAACAGGGGAUGCUAGAAAAAGAGAAAACGUGGGCUGUGAAGAGUGUCUGCAUUGGACAUACACAUGUGGACGAAUGACUUGUCAUUCCCAAGCCGACUCCAUUUCCAUUGAAUUCAUCAAUCCUCACUUUCUGUGAUUCGGGAUUGCGGUUUGCCUCGAUGGAUCAACCUAACGCAAAAUAAUGCAGCGACGGUAUCAACGAGGAAAAGGCGGGUUUGUCCAACUCAAAAGGGGCUUGGAGGCACUAGUAGUGAAAUUGUUGCAUGGUGCUUUCAGUCGGCAACAUAAUUUGUGGUCCACAUAUUUGAGGAUAGCCUUGCUUCCUAUUUCAUUUCAUUUGGAUCACAAUGGGAUUUACUUUUCCUUCCCUCAGACUAUGAAGUUUCUUUGAGUUGUAACGAAAAGCAGGAGUGUUAAAAUGGUUACCAUGGUAAUUACCAAAUCAAACAAGUUAAAAUUCUAUUAACGAUGGAAUACAAACUAAAACAACAAUCAAAUUAAAGUUUAAUCAGUUUGGUUAAUUGGUUAACCAAAUUGACCAAUAUAACAUCACAUUAUUAUUAAGUGAGAAAAUUUUCAGUUAAUGCAUUGAUUCACAAUUUAUAUGAUGAAUAAAACAUUACAAUGUAU